CCAACCACAAGGCAAGCACAUAAGCACAAUCAUCGAUAUCUUCAACUUCAUCGCACCUGGUGGGGUCCACCUCCACCACCAGCACAUGCUCCUACCUCUCUUUUUCCAAUUCGAACAGGACCUUCUUUAAUCGCCACCCAUUCGAUACCACCCUCUCCCUCCGGUUCCGAUUCAACGGUUCUAGAAGAUGCCUCGGCGGGUCCAGAUCGAAGAUCCCAAAUACGACGACGUUCCUGACGCCGACGAACCGGAGGAAACGAUCCGUUUCAAAUCCUCCAACAGCAACGUCUCCGACGACCAAGAACCCUUCAUGGGCAUCAAGGUUCGCCGAAAAGCCUCUCUCCACAGAGACCACAAAGGAGACUACCUCAACGUCCCUUCCCACCCUUUCCUAAUCAAAAUUCUACAGAAACAAGGGGACAAUGAGGUUCUGUUUGCGGACAGGGUUCUGAAGUUUACGGGCUCCGGGAAGAUGAAACGCUGCGUUCUGAUGAUCACGGAUUCUGCGAUUUACAUCGUUGACCCUGAGGUGGACGCGCUGAAGCGGAGAAUAGUGCUUGCGGCGGUGGAGAGGGUUUGUCUGAGUGAACUGAGUGAUAAUUUUUUCGCGGUGAUUGUUCCGUCGGAGUAUGAUUUGCUCAUGGCUAGUACUCGGAAGACGGAGAUUGUCACGGUGCUGGUCGAGGCUACCAAGGCCAAGAGUGCGACGGGGUUCGAACUCGAUGUCGUUUUCUCCAAUAGAUUUGAGUAUAACGCGGCAUCUGACUUGGUGAAGGAAGUUCAAUUUGAGGAAGUUGAAGGGGGUGUCAAAACAAGAAUUUUGAGGAAGUGAAUUAUGGUCCAAAAUUUUGAUGAACUUGUCUGUAAACUAUGUAAGAGAUACAGAGUCUGAUUUUUGAGUGGUAUUAUGGAAUGUGUUCUUCUGGCAACAGGUUUUCCACUCAAAAAUGACUUUGUUUAUAAUUAUGAUGUCAGAAAUUUUAAGAGAAAAAGAAAGAUAUGUCUGAUAUAUGUUUAACUUGAAAAUUGAAAAGAGAUUCAUAUGUACUGGACUUGUUGAAUGUGAUUAUAUCAGUUUCUCGGAUGAAAAUAUGAACAUUUUUGUUAUUUUUCA